UUUCAGUUCAGUUAUACAAUGACAGAUCCAAGUUGGGGUUGGAAUGAUGAAAGUAAUUAUAAUGCUAGCUAUAAUGUUAACCAGCAUUGGUAUCAGAGGCAAGAACCAUGGAGAAGCCAAGGAACUUAUAGUAAUCAGCCUACAGCAGCAAUUCCAUCGGAUAAGGUUUCUAACGAAUACUAUCACCAACAAGCAACCAUUGCUUCAGUACCGGUGGCAGCUAAUUAUUCCCAAGCAAAUCAAAUGCAGUCAUUCGGAAUGGCAUCACAAAAUUCAUAUGGUGUUGGAAAUUUACCAUCAUUUUCUGAUCAAUUCAUGUCAGACCCAAUGUUAAAUGCUGCAAGACAAAUUGGUGGCCAGUUUGCUGUUCAUCAGAAGGAAAAGUUGACUAAAUAUUUGUCCGCAUUCCAUCUUAAGUAUUAUUUUGCUGUGGAUAAUGCAUACGUUGGCAAGAAAUUGGCUCUUAUAUUUUUCCCUUUUCUGCAUCGAGAUUGGACGGUCAAGUAUGAUUCUUCGGAUUCACCAUUACCCCCACGAUCAGACGUUAACGCACCUGAUUUAUAUAUUCCGUUAAUGGCUUAUGUAACUUAUAUCCUUUUCUCUGGAUUUGUACUAGGAACACAAAGAAGAUUUACACCUGAACAGUUGGGCAUCAUCACAACAAAUGCAUUAGCGUACCUUAUUUUCGAAAAUUUGAUCAUAAUUAUAACGAGGUAUAUUAUGAACAUAUCACAAUCGCUUACUUUCUGGCAUUCACUUGCCUAUAGUAGCUAUAAAUUCGUUGGGAUGAAUGUCUGCUUAUUGGUCUUUGUAUUAGGUGGUAAAUCGUUUUAUUAUUGGGUUUUAGCUUAUAUAUCCUUUGCAGUUGUUUUCUUUCUGCUACGAACAGUGAAAACAUUUUUAAUGGAUGUGCAGAAUACGUAUAAUGAAUAUGGUGGAAAAAAACGUAAAAUAUAUUUGAUGAUAUUUAUAGCAUUCACACAACCAUUUCUGAUGUGGUGGUUGACCAGUUCUGUGACCAGCUACACACCUGGGAAAAUGGAUCUAGCCCAGUAUGCCUUGUCGGGUAUAGGAUUCAAUGAAGCAGUGAACAAAGGACAACUGCCACUGUUGCCAAGUGGUGAAGUGGAUUAUGAUGCUUUGCUAAAAAUGCCUUAAGUUUUUUUUCGUAUUCUGUACUUGCUGAGUUUGAAGAGACUUCAAAGAUUACUAGGAACAAAACGAUUUUAAAAAUUUCAAUAAAGACAAAAUAACAUCAUAAAGUACUAUUUGUAGAUCAUGAUGGAUCGUCUAUUUUUGUAACAUCAUUGAUGCUGAUUGAAACUAUAGACUUUGUUCUUAAAGGGUCUUGGAAAUUAGAUAGUGAGAGAUGUUUUAGGUCUGUGCGAAAUGUUCGAUUGCUUAUGAAAAAUUUGUUUCCUGUACCAAAAUUUCGAACAUUUUGCUUUCUGUCAUGUUUCCAGAAUGCAUUUCGUUGGAUUUUCUUUCAUUUGGUUUAUUAAUUCCCCGUAUAUUAUUUAUACUUAUUAAAUUAAUUUACCGUUCCGAUAAAAUGUAGGGUAUAAUAGUGUUCAAGAGAGUUGUCUGAUAUACAGAUCUAUUUAUGAUAAUGGUUCAAAU